AUGAAGACCUCUCCGAACAACGUGCGCCGCAAGGUCGGCGCUGGAACCACCGCAGGGCUCGCCACGGCUGGCGUCGCCGCUGCAGCACCUCCGACGCUGCCCGACCUGGGCGUCGACGUCGGCGGUGCGAUCACCGCUGCAGCUGGUGACCUGGGCGUCGUGUUCAUGACCGUCAUCACCAUCGGCAUCGUGCUGACCGUGGCAUGGAUCGCCUGGGGCUGGCGGAAGAAGAUCCGCGGGCGAAACACCCUGGGCGUCGGAUUCAAGAAGGGCCGACCGAUGACGCACGAGGAAAUCGUGGAAGCCAGAUUGCAGGAGAUCUCGCAGCACCUCGCGAGCGGGGUUGAGUUCGUGGCGCUGGAACGUCGCAUGAAACGCCUGGCGAUCGCAGCUGCACUGACGCUCCUGGCUCCGGCCGCAUCGGCACAAGAUCCGCUGUUCGUGCGCACGACGGAUUCGGUGUGCUGGUUCGACGGCAUCAGCAAGUACCGGAUUACCUGGACCGAGCAUCACCUGGCGUUCAACCAGACGACGGGCCUGUACUACGUCGAGACCGGGUGCGUUGAUGAGGCGUUCGGCGCAGGCUCGACGCAGCAGGCGAUCCGGACCUACACCGCUGCGAUCAUGGCCGAUCCGUGCGCCGACGUCGCGGAAGUCUCGAUGGAGAUCGGCAACCCGAACUCUUACGACACCGGGUGCGGGUCCUGGCAGCCGCCGCUCGGCAUCACGGUGGGACCGGUGGCGAUGGUCGAUGUGCCUGGGCGAGGGAUCCAGCUGAACCCGCAGGGCGGGCCGGGUGGCGUCGGGAUCUCGUACCAGGUCGAGUGGUUGAACAGCUACGACUACCGCGUUGUCGCGACCGCGUCGGGUCCGAACUCGGGCGGGUCGUCGGUGGUGGUCGAACAGGGGAACCUGCUGAACCCGGUGUUCGGGCAGUCGUGCACGAAGUGCGCCGCGUUGAUCCCCGACGAUGAUCCGCCGCCGCCGCCGCCUCCGCCGCCACCGGUUCCGCCGCAUCACGGCGGGGGAGGUCCGAACGGCGAGACGGGUCCGGACUACCCGGGCGGUCCGGACAACCCGGCGGGCGUGGUGUGCUGCCAGUUCGCGGACGGCACGAACCAGGAGAUGAGUUACCAGCAGUGCGCAGACCAGGGCGGGGAGUUCUGGUACCCGGCGCCCUGUGAUGAUCCGAUCGGUUGCUGCUCGUUCGUGGAUCCGUCAACUGGCGAGUUCACCCAGGCGUCGGUGACGCACGCGGAGUGUGUCACGCUCGAAGGGACGUGGGUACCCGAGCCCUGCGAGGACGGCUGCGCCGAGUGCUGCGAGGCGAUCCGUGCGCUUCUGGAGUCGUUCACCGACGACGUUCAGGAGCCGCUGCGCAACUGGCUCCUCGAGGACUGGCCGGACUUCUCGACGCGCGUCCUGGCGGUCCUCGAGGCCACGCCGGAUCCGACUGACCCGACGAUUGAUCCGCUGGAGGAAGAAUCUUUCGAGCCCGAAGCCGAGGACGCGCUGACGGGGCUGGAGGUGCCCCAGACGACGCCGACGGCCGAAGGGUGGGAGUUCGAUGUGCUGGGGACGCAGGCGACGCUGGAGGUGUCUCUGGAUCCGCGAGCGUGGCCUGACACCGGGUUCUAUCCGCUGCUGAAGUCCGCGAUCUUCCUCGUGCGUAUCGCGUUGGUGGUCGGGCUCACGAUCCAGUUCGUGACGAUGGCGGACUUGAUCAAGUGGACGAUCGAACUCCUGCACGGCAUGGCGACCGACAUCCUGGAGUUCAUUUUCCCGGGCUUCGAUCCGCUCGCCUUGGCUGCGAUCGCCGACGGGCUCGGCCUGGCGAACCAGUACGUUCCGCUGGACCUGCUUUUCCUCUACCUGACGACGUACUUCGGGUUCUCGGCUGAUAUGGAGAACUUCCUCGCCCUGGUCAUGCUCGCGGUGCUGCUCUGCCCGCUCGCGGCCGCGCUGUUCGUCACCGUGGUCACCACACGAAUCGUCUGGAGGGUGCGGUGCGCACACUUCAUCAUCAACGAGUUCCUGCCCGAACACGACGGCGUUCACUGGUCGAACUUCCCCCUGGGCAAGGUGCCCGAGGACCACACGGUCCCGCCCGAGUACGACGGCGAGACGUUCAUCGAUCGCAUCGCGAACCGCGCCGCGGCGAUGCACGGCCUGGACGAGGAGCAGCUGCACGAGCGGAUCAAGAUGAUCCCCGAGGACGAGCUCAAGCGGUGGGAGAAGGGCGAGUCGGGACCGUGGGAGUUCUUCGAGGGCAAGAACCUUCAGGACGCGCACAUCGCGAUCGACGAGAUCCACAACUUCCUGGACCCGCAGGCGAAGGCCGAGGACAAGCGCAAGUGGCGUCAGUGGCUCGGCGAGAUCCGGCACCAGGGCGCAACGGUCGAGUUCAUCAGCCAGAGCGAUCAGAAGAUCGCGAUCGAACUGCGGCGAGAGUCGGCGCUUCUCAUCGAGCUGCAGAACACCGAGACGCUCAAGGACCCGAUCUUUAAGAUCGAACUCGGCGACUGGUACGAGCUCCGCGCGAUGCUCCUCCGCCGGUACAACUCCGGUGUCCAGGAGACGGUGUCACGCUCGGCGGUGAAGGGCCGAGGGGCGCGAGUGGGGCGGAAGUACUUCCCGCUCGAUCCGUGGUACUUCCAGUUCUACGACUCCUACAGCAAGCCGCAGAAGGGCGGCAACAAGGGCCGUGCGCAGCGCAGGCAGUGGCAGCGCCGAUCGCCUCCUGGCCUCGUCGCCUGGUUCGUCGCUCGGAACAUGCCCAAGCUCGCGCCGCGCGUCGCGAUCGCGGGGGUGAUGGUUUGGAUCCUGUUCUUCGGCGGCGGUCGGACGAUCAUGAACCAGGCGUUCACCCGCGCGCAGACGUGGGGGGCCGAGACGGCCAAGGGCGUCGGGGACGCGUACGCGAGCGAUGGCAGCGCGCAGCCGUCGGCCGAGGUGGUCGAGGCGUCGGCCACGAUGUCCCAGGCGUUGGAGUCGGACGACGAAGCGCAGAUCCUCGCAGAGCUUUUCGAGCGGCUGCGUGUGCGCUACAACGCGCUCGACGAACGGCACCGCAGGCUCCAGGACGAACACGAGCAGCUGCUCGACCAGGUCAGAGAUAUGUCGGCUCUCGUUGCGGUGACCGCGAACUCGGUCACGCUCCGCAGCGGGUACACCUACGGGAUCGGAGAGGUCAUUGACUACGGCGAAUACAGAGGGCGGAAGCUGGUCGCGAUCAACCAGGCGAAGCGGACGGCGACGCUGGACAACAACACGGUGCUUCGUCUCAUGCGCGUCGGCACUUCUUCUCGCGGGCUGCUCGACGCAGCGACGGCCGAGGAUGCCCCCUCGGACGAACCGAGCGCAGACGCUCCGCUGGUCACGCUCUCGGUGCAGGAGAUGGCGUUGGUUGAUUUCGCUCGGUACCUGGCUGAUCAGACGGGCGUGUCGAUCGUCGUCUCGGCGGGGCUCGACGCGGAGCCGGUGACGCUCGAAGUGACGGGGAUCAGCGUUGAGUCGGUCAUCGCCCUGGUCGCGCGUCGGCUGGGCGUGGAGGCGAACCAGUCGGGCGGUGUGUACUUCCUCGGUGAGCUGCGGCCCGAGGAUCGCGCGGUGUACGUCCGCAACGUGAAGCGGCUCGACGCCGAGGGGCUGCGUUCAUCGCUCCAGGUGCUGAUCUCGGCGACGGGGCGGGUGGAGACCUUCGAGGAUGGUCUGAUCGUCCUGGCCGACAAGGUGGAAGUGGUGCAGCGCGUCGCCGAUCUGAUCGACCGCAUCGAAUCCGCGCCGAGCGAGUCCUGGGUCGUGCAGCUGUACCUGGUCAGCCUCCGGGGUUUCGACUUCCGCGAGCUCGGGCUGGACGCGGUGCCCGCGGCCGAGGUCGCAUUGAGAGCGGCGAGCAGCGGGGGCAGCACCUGGCAGCUGUCGGCGGCGCUGAACGGACUACUGCGGGCCGACGCGCGCCGGGAGUCGUCCAGGAUCGUGGCGGCUCCGCUGUUCCUGCUCCUCGACGGGUCGGAGUCCAGCAUCGCUGACGGCACGGUCCUGCGGAUCCCUCAACGCACGGUGAGCAGCGAGGGCACGGUGACCGUGACGGGCUUCGAGGAGGUCCAGACGGGCCUCGACGCCGUCGUAGCCGUUCGCGAUCUCGGGCAGUCCAGGGCCACGCUCGACGUGGAUCUCUCGAUCUCGGAAGUGACGGCGUUCGUUGAAGACCUGCCCCAGGUGAACACGCAGGCAUUCCGAACGAAAGCCGCGAUCGCGAGCGGGGGCGUGUACCUGCUGGGGUCGCUGAACCGGGGCAGCUCACUCAACGGCCGGUCUGGAGCGUUCCUGUCGGUCGCACGCGACGAAGCCGAGCAGCGGGUCGUGUAUGUCUGGGCUCGCACCUACCGGAUCGGAGGGAUCAAUGCGGAACCUAUGACCGGGCUCGCCUGGUUGCAGUUUUCUAGCGAGUCGAUCGAUGUCUUCUCGAGAGCUGUCGCCGGCCUCGAGGCUCUCGCCGGCGUCGCCGAGAUGUCGAGCGAGGAUCGCGACGGCAUCGAAGAGAGCAUCCGCGACUUCAGACUGCGUUUGUCGAUGCUUUCGGGUCACUGCUUCGACUCGAAGCACUACCGCCGCGAACAUCGGCACCUGCAGCACCUGACACGCGGGAUCGCUCUCGACCUGGUCGAGUGCUCGGCUUUGUUCAAAGAAACGCAAGAGCAGAAAACGACCGACGAUCCCGAUCAGACGGGGACCGUAUCGGAGAACCCAUCAGGAGACUGCAUGCCAAGGCGCAAGAAGAAUGCGGCGACGACGCCGAACAAGUUCCGCGAUGAGAUGUAUGACGCCGUUCAGAAGCACGGCCCGCUGGUGUCGACGGGGAUCGCGGCCUCGUUGAUCGGGAUCAGCCCGCAAGCGCUGGCCGAGGUGAUGACGCGGCACCGGUUCGCCUAUGUCGUCGUCCGAACCCCGGACGGUCGCACGCACAACCUGAUUCCGCUCGCGACCUGCACGGAGAUCAUCAACGAGCGCAAGACGCGGCAGCAGUACGUGUUCGGCUCGGGGUACCACGCCGUCGAUCGCCCGCCGUCGGGCGGUUCGGUGGAGGUGUCGCCGCUGCCAGCGAGCAAGGCGAAAGCAUCGCGAC